AUGUUCCUCAUCAUGGUGGGGGUCUCCCUCUGCGUGAUGGUGGGCAAUGGCGUCGUCUCCGGGCUCCUCUGCCUCCUUCCCGCCAGCAGCCCCUCCACCACCUACAUGCUGAACCUGGUGGCCACCAACCUCCUCAACCUCUGCUGCACCACGCCGAUCCUGCUGGAGCAGGUGCUGGAGCGGUACCACCAGGUGGCCCUGGGUGCCUCCGAGCUCCUGGAGCCCAUAUCCUGCUUCCUAGACAUGGCGGGCCUGUGUCUCCUCGCCGCCCUGAGCGCCGAGAAAGCAUUGCGUUCUCUCUGCCCUGCCUGGUUUGGGCGCCGGUGCCCCAGGCGGGCCUCGGCAGCGGGGUUGAACAUCUGCAGUGACUUCAAGAUGCACUCGGGGUGCCAGCAGUUUCUCAAAGCCUUCCUGGCCUGCCACUUGCUCCUGUGCCUGGUGAUGUGUGUGUCCGGCCUGGUGCUGGGUACCCGGGACCUUCAUGGGUGCCGGCUCUGCUGCCCCUCCCGAAUCUACCACAUGGUCCGUGCAGUGCUUACCACCGUCUUCCUGUGGAGCCUGCCCCUGGUCAUCGUCGUAGUGUACCUGCCGUGGGGCGAGUACCUGACCCUCACCUUCGACCUCCUGCUGCUCCUGUCUGCUCUGGCCAGCACGACACACCCCCUUGUGUACUUCCUGGUGGGGUGCCUGCCCACAUGUGGGCGCAGGGAGCCCCUGGGGGUGGGCCUCCAGAAGACGCUGAGGAGUGAGCUGGAAGUGGAGCCCAAGAGAGCACUGUGGACCUGA